AUGCUCGCCUGCGUCCGGGCAGCCGCUGCCACGGUUGCGGCUCGCCUUCCUCAUGUCGUCGCCAUGAGCGCAGGACCAGCCAGCUCGCUCGCCCAUAUCCUGACACCACAAUCGCCACCUGGCACCGCUGCAUCCUGGGCUGGAACGACCGCGGAGGCGCAGCUCAUGCGCGGGCGCGCAGUCGUAGCAGACAACAUAGUCUCGCUCGGCGAAGCAGAGGCGCUGGUGGCCGCCGCCGAGGCCAUGGGGUUUGAGACUGCAGGCGUCGACGUUCGUGCGAGCCGCGAUGCGGCCGAGCCGGAAAAGGCAGAGUUGCGGCCCGAGAUCCGGGACAACGAGCGCGUGGUCUUUGACGAUCACGAGCUCGCCAAGGCGUUGUACGCUCGGAUCAGCGGCACACUGCCGGCGACGGUGGCUGGGCCACGCAAGACCGAGCUGGUCAUCGACUCGCUUGCCCCACGGCUGCGGUUCUACCGCUACCGCACCGGCGGUGCCUUUCAUCCUCACGUCGACGGCGCCCUCACCAUGCGCGCUGACGACGGGACCGAGCUCCAGCUCUACGCCACCGUCCUCAUCUUUCUCUCCCGCGUCGACGCCGGCGGCGAGACGGUGUUGCGAGGGUAG